AUAAGAAGAACGUGGAAUCCCGCACGGAUCACGUCUUGGAAAUUGGUGACAGGCGCCUGAAGAUCUACAUCCAGCCGGGAGAAGGGGACCUGAGCACGAGCCAAUUGACAGAGCAAGCCUCCCCCAGCUACUCCAGCCCUUCCAGCUCUUCCCCGCCUCAGCAGGAGCAGCCGGCAGCCGAAGGCCAUGGGGACACGGCAGGAGAUGCCAUUACCAGGAAGAUAUUUCUUACAGUAUCUGCGACUUUGAAUACCAGUCUGUUCACUGAAGAGCAAAGGGAGAAAAUUACCUUUAUAUGUCCACGUUUACAAAGAGAAAGAAAUCCUGAUAUUGAUGGCGCUGAGAAACUGACGGGCGAUUUUACAGAUAUUGAAAAAGCUUAUCACUUCUUUAAGGAUAUCCUUGCAAGCAAUGACCCAAACCAUGAUUUCUCACAUUCUGAAAGUAAGAACAGUUUGAGAGAUGAAAAUGGUGCGAAUGAUGAAGUGAAUGAGCUUACAGUUCUGUCGGCUCUCUACGAGUAUUUCUGUCAUACCUGCAAAGAACAAAUCCAAGUGCUCUGUGAACAGUUCGGGGUUCGUAUAAGAAGUGAAGAUCGUUACAAUGGAACCACAUCGAUCUGCUUCACUUCUGAUAAAAAUCCUGCAUCGAUACAGGGGGCUAGCGAAUUUUUUAUCAGAAUUUUUCAGAGAAGUGUGAAUGACCUGAAGCAGGAAAAGAUUCCCAUGACGAACAGUUACACAUUACGUGACACAAUCAUGAAAUUACAUGCUAAGUUUAGUAAUCUUCUGGCCAAAGAGGAAGAGAAUCAAUUGCUACUCCGUGGUCCAGCGAGUGAGAUUCUAGCUGCCAGAAGGUUUCUCGCAGAGGAAGGUGAGAACAGCCAAGCUGAAAAGAACACGAAAAUAUCAUCUGAACUGUACCAAUACAGGAAUGGAGUUGAAGUUGAUGCUUCUCUGUUUAAAUUAUUGGAAACAAUAUUAAGCAAAGAAAUUGAAGACAUUAAAGACAAGUUUGAUACAGUAAUAGAAAAGAAAGACAGCUCAUGUGGCCAGAAGAUGGUCAUAAUAUUUAGGCCGAGGAUCAAAACUUGUGAUAUGUCUUCCCAUGCUACUGAAAGUUUCAUUGAUGCAUUCCAGAAUGCCUCCGCAAUGUUAAGUGAAAAACUCAUCAGCUUGAAGCUUUCAGAAGGUCAGAAGAAAAGAUUAAAUAAGCUGCUUAAUGGAAAACAGUUGGAGGAUCUGCAUGUAAAACUUAAGAAGAAGGAAGACACAUUCAUCUUGUGUGGUUUACCAAACCAUCUUUAUGAGGCUGAAAAGUACAUUUUGAACCUUCUUAGCACUGAAGACUCAACACAACCUAAAAAUAGGACACCACACUCCUCUGAGCUCAGCUACCAAGCAGCUACAAGAACAUCUGAAAAGAAAUACAAUGGUAGGCAAAAGAAUAGUCUUUCUUCAGAAGGACAGUCUAAGGCAAAGAUGGAAGAAGACAAGAGAGAUGUGUGUCCGAUUUGCAUGGAGAGGAUUGGUAACAAAGAAAUCCUGAAAAAGUGUAAGCAUGCGUUUUGCAAAAGUUGCAUUGAAAAGGCCAUGACUUACAAGCAAACCUGUCCUGUUUGCAACGCUGUCUACGGACCCAUGGAAGGAGACCAACCAGAGGGAACGAUGACAACCCGAACGAUACGUUCAGCUCUCCCUGGCCAUGCCGGCUGUGGCACUAUCGAGAUUACGUAUAGGAUGCACGGCGGUAUUCAGACCAGCAACCAUCCAAACCCAGGGCAACCUUACUAUGCGACUUCCCGAGUAGCCUACUUACCUGACAGUAAAGAAGGGCGAGAAGUUCUGCAGCUCCUCGAAAAGGCCUUUAAGCAAAAACUGAUUUUCACGGUGGGGCAGUCGCGCACCACUGGUGCAGAAAGCGUUAUCACAUGGAAUGACAUUCACCACAAAACUUCCAUGUUCGGAGGACCUACCAAUUUUGGUUACCCUGAUCCUGAUUAUCUGCCGCGGGUCCGAUCAGAAUUGAAAGCAAGAGGAAUUGAAUAA